CAUCAAUCGCUAUUGUCUGGACGUGGAAAGGGAGGCAAUGGGCUGGGAAAGGGAGGAGUGAAGCAGUCCUGGAAGGUGCUUCAUGAUAACAUCCAGGGCAUAACAAAGUUGGCAAUCUUCGUCGAGAAUGUGAUUCGUGAUGGUGUGACCUACACUGAGCACGCUGGUCGCAAGACCAUGAUGGCCAUGGAUGUGGUGUAUGCAUUGAUGAGGCAAGGUAUGACUGCACGGAUUUGGUGGUUAGGGUUUCUGUCUCAAAAAAGUCUUGCUAUCAAGAAGAUGAAAAUUGGGGUUUUACUUAAACCCCAGAUUGCAUUUUUUUUUUUCAUUCAAAGUGUUUGGAGGUUUUGAGGCAAUUCUUUGAGACAAUAAAUAUUACAUUCCACAAUGAUGCUGGGUAAAGUUGACCAAACUGAUUUUUGGUGCGAUUUAUGAUUGGGAGAUAGGCCUUUGCUAUUUAGAAUAGAGGAGUUGCCUUAGGUUUUUCCUAAGGUCAGUGAGUUGCUUGUGAAUUCAGUUUGGCAGUUGGGACCUUGUGAACAAUUGUUGGGAAAACAUUUAACAAAGGAAAUUAAAAAUGCUGGGAUACUUCUCUCUGUUUCUAAUGACAAGUUGAUUUGGCAGUGUUCCAAUUCUAGUUCAUUUUCUGUAAAAACAGCUUGGAAAUUGGUGAGAUAUCAUGGGGAAAGGAAUGUUGUUGCAAAGGCAAUUUGGGGUAUGGUGACUGCCCCUAGUGCCCAGCUAGUGGGUUGGAAGAAGCUUUGCUCUGUUAGUUUACUGGUUGAUUUGGAAAGAGAGGUGUAGGAGGAGAGCUGAGGAAGGAUUUAUCAAUUCUUACUCCGUUUUUCUCAAAAUAUUUAGUGUUUUGAGGUUUCAGGUAAAGAAUGUGAGGCCUAAAUGAUGGAUGUGAAUAGGGGAAGUGCUUUUCUUCAAUUGCUAGGUAUUUCUUUGUCUUAUGUUCUUAGAACUAAGGCUCUACGGGUGAGGCCAGGAUGUUGUGUUUUGAAGCUGAAUGUGGAUGGGGUUGGGAAGGGCAACCCUGGUAUAACUGGUGGGGGUGUAGUUGUUCAAAAUGAAUGGGGAUGAGUGAUCCUAGCUGCUUCUUUUUUCUAUGGGACAUGUUCUAAUAUGGGUGCAGAGUUUAGGGCUAUGUUAGAUGGUUUGCGUUUGGUUGAAAGAUAUGGCUUACUUGUGUAUAAAGUUCUGAUUGAAUCAGACUCAGAUUGAUUGUGUAUUGCAC